CAAAUAGCGGGCAGACAUUUCAAAUUGUAUCCAGACUCAUAUAUUACGACUUUUAGGUGUAAUUUUAUGAAAAAAUCCCUCGUUAACUUAGAAUUACGUAUCUUAUUUGUGACGUUUUAACCCUACCGCGUGACUGACCUGUGGUAAAAAUAUAUAAAAACGUUUGAAUAAUAAAUAGUAUAAUAUUCAACGCACAAAAUGUGUAGUUGUAAUGUCACAAAUGUUUAGAGCUCACGUGCUCUCAUUUCCUAGGUUAGAGCGUGUGUAUCAGUAAAUUCCGUGAUGGUAUGUGAACGCAUCAGUAUUGUUGCAACUCGAGCUGGUCAGUUUGGACGAUGUGCCUCAAAAUCUGCAGCGUUCUUCAAUGACACAUUCUAUUAAACCCUCUCGAAUAGUAUUUUUAUAUUUAAACAUCGUAAAAACAUUUGAACUUUUGUAAUCAUUUGUAGACAUCCCGAUUUGCUCUUUUUAAGCGAUAGCUAGCUAGCAUAACAAACGGGGGGUGGGGGGGAGGAUCUAGUAAUGAUUUUAAUUUAUCUAGAAAGGAGCAAAAACAACUUUCGUCAUGGCCACUCGAAUAGAGUGCAUAUUCUUCAGUGAGUUUCAUCCCACUCUUGGGCCAAAAAUAACAUACCAGGUCCCAGAGGAGUACAUUUCACGGGAGCUGUUUGAUACAGUUCAAGUUUACAUCAUCACCAAGCCUGAGCUGCAAAACAAAUUAAUAACAGUAACUGCCAUGGAGAAGAAGUUAAUUGGCUGUCCUGUAUGCAUCGAGCAUAAAAAGUACAGCCGAAACGCUCUCCUCUUUAACCUCGGCUUCGUCUGUGAUGCUCAGACCAAUACCUGUGCUCUAGAGCCCAUUGUCAAGAAGCUGGCUGGGUACCUCACGACUCUGGAGUUGGAGAGUGGCUUUAUAUCAAAGGAGGAGAGCAAGCAAAAACUUUUACCCAUUAUGUCAACGUUGUUAGAGGAUCUUAAUGCCACAGGAGCCUGCACGUUACCCAUAGACGACUCCAACACCAUCCAGUUGAAGCUCAUCCAGCAGCGAAGGGACCCCCCCACUGUCCAGGAAUAUGACGUGCCUGUCUUCACUGAAUGCAAAGAGCUUUUUAUUAAAUCUCAGUGGGACCUCACCACUCAACAGAUAUUGCCUCACAUCGAUGGAUUCAGGCACAUUCAGAAAAUAUCUGCUGAAGCAGACGUUGAGCUGAAUCUUGUUCGUAUUGCGGUGCAGAACCUGCUGUAUUAUGGUGUGGUGACCUUGGUGUCGAUAUUUCAGUACUCCAAUGUCUACUGCACAACGCCGAAGGUUCAGAGCCUCAUUGAUGACAAGUCCAUUCAGGACGAAUGCCUCAGCUACGUCUCCAAGCACGGUCAGAAACGGGCCAGCCUCAGAGAUGUGUUCCAGCUCUACUGUGGUCUCAGUCCUGGAACUACGGUGCGAGACCUUUGCUCCCGCUACUCGCAGCAGCUUCAAAGAGUCGAUGAGAGGAGGCUAAUCCAGUUCGGGCUGAUGAAGUCUCUUAUUCGACAGCUUCAGAAGUAUCCUGUGAAGGUGGUCCGGGACGAGAGAAGCAGGCUGCCUCGCCUCUACACCGGUUGUCAUAGUUACGAUGAGAUCUGCUGCAAAACAGGAAUUACUUACCAGGAGCUGGAUGAACGUUUGGAAAACGACCCUAACAUAGUGAUCUGCUGGAAGUGACCUUAAAUGAAGCCAUCUUCCAUGAAGCCUCAACCAAAGCUGCCAAGAAUGAAAAGAAGUAAAGCUCAAACUGUAUUUUGUAAUGACCUUUGCUUUUUUUAUAGUAUUAUUUAUGUGUUCAUUUCUAAUUCAAGGGAAUGACUGUCCAGUUGAUAACUAGAAUAUAAAUUAAAAUUAUGUUCAAACUGUU